UGCCCGAAAAGUCCUGCUUCCGAGGCCACCUUUUUUCCCCCCUCCCUAGCAUAGUUCUGCAAAAGACGCGGUUUCGCUCGUGAGAUCACUCUUGGCCGAGCCUCCCAUCUCUUUUUCUUACGAACUUUGCCCAUAUACCCCGCCACUUCCGGCCCAUACCCCCGCAAAAGUCCUACCCAGCACCAUGUCUGCCGUCUACGACGCUGGAACCCGCUGCUGGUAUCCCGACGAGAAACUCGGCUGGAUUGGUGUCACGGUCCAGCUGAACACGCAGAAAGACCUGAAACACAUCUUGCACUUGGUGGCAGACACUGACGACUCGCAGACGUACACGGUUGAAACCGAGAACCUCAGCGAGGACAACGAGAAGCUACCCCCGUUGCGCAACCCGCCCAUUUUGGAGGCUGCUGAGGACUUGACGUCCUUGUCGUACCUAAACGAACCCGCCGUAUUGCACGCCAUCAAGGUGCGGUACGCCCAGUUGAACAUCUACACGUACUCGGGAAUUGUGUUGAUUGCCACCAACCCGUUCCAGAAAGUAGACCAGCUCUACUCGCAGGAGAUCAUCCAGGCCUACGCAGGCAAAAGAAGAGGCGAGUUGGACCCUCACUUGUUUGCCAUUGCCGAGGACGCAUACCGCUGUAUGAAGUUGGACCAGAAAAACCAGACGAUUGUUGUGAGUGGAGAGUCUGGGGCGGGAAAGACGGUCAGUGCCAAGUACAUCAUGCGCUACUUCGCCUCUGUGGAGGAGGAACCGGAACUCAAGAACAACGUGGCAUCAGACCACAAGGCCGAUAUGUCUGACGUCGAGAAACAGAUCUUGGCCACGAACCCCAUCACGGAGGCUUUUGGUAACGCCAAAACCACCAGAAACGACAACUCCUCCAGAUUCGGCAAGUACUUGGAGAUCUUGUUCGAUAAGGAGACGUCCAUCAUCGGCGCGCGUGUCAGAACCUACUUGUUGGAGAGGUCGCGGUUGGUUUUCCAGCCGAAAAACGAGCGUAACUACCAUAUCUUCUACCAGAUGUUGGCGGGUAUGACCGAAGACGAGAAGGCCUCGUUGAGCUUGACCUCUGCAGAAGACUUCAAGUACACGAACCAAGGUGAUGCGAUCGAGAUCCCCAAUGUUGAUGACAGCAAGGACUUUGCCCUCACAAACGAAUCUUUGUCUUUAAUCGGCAUUGACGCCUCGAAGCAGACUGAUAUCUACAAGAUCUUGGCUGCUUUGUUGCACAUUGGUAACAUCGAAAUCUCUGCCACCAGAAAUGAUGCCCAUUUGUCCGCUGAUGAGCCUAACUUAGCCAAGGCUUGCCAGCUACUCGGAAUCGACGCUCAUGCGUUCAGCAAAUGGUGCGUGAAGAAACAAAUCACUACCAGAUCAGAGAAGAUUGUCAGUAACCUCAACCACAAGCAAGCCUUGGUUGCUAGAGAUUCCUUUGCCAAGUACAUCUAUUCUGCUUUGUUUGACUGGCUUGUCGACUACAUUAACGCGGACUUGUGCCCUCCAGAGGUUGCUGAAAAGAUCAGCUCGUUCAUUGGUGUUUUGGAUAUCUACGGGUUUGAGCAUUUUGAGAAGAACUCUUUUGAGCAAUUUUGCAUCAACUAUGCCAACGAAAAGUUGCAGCAAGAAUUCAAUCAGCAUGUUUUCAAGUUGGAGCAGGAAGAAUAUGUCAAGGAAGAGAUCGAAUGGUCUUUCAUUGAUUUCGCAGAUAACCAGCCAUGCAUUAAUUUAAUCGAGAACAAGUUGGGUAUUUUGGCUCUUUUGGACGAGGAAUCCAGAUUGCCUGCCGGCAAUGAUGCGUCGUGGAUUGAAAAGAUGUAUCAAAACCUUGACAAACCCCCAACCAAUAAAGUCUUCACAAAACCUCGUUUUGGCCAAACCAAAUUCGUUGUCAGUCAUUAUGCACAUGAUGUGACCUAUGACAUUGAAGGUUUUAUUGAAAAGAAUAGAGAUACUGUCGGCGAAGGACAUUUGGAAGUCUUGAAGAGCACAGAUAAUGAAAUGUUGCAAAGUAUUUUGUCUGUUCUCGACAAAAACAACCAGGAACUCGAGAAAGCCAACGCGAACCCAUCAGGAAGAAAAUCCAUUGCUUCGAAAAAACCUACCUUGGGCUCUUUAUUCAAGAAUUCCUUGAUUGAGUUGAUGAAGACUAUUGAUUCUACAAAUGCUCACUAUAUUCGAUGCAUCAAGCCAAACGAGCAGAAGAAGGCAUGGGAGUUCGACUCUUUGAUGGUCUUAUCGCAAUUGAGGGCGUGUGGUGUCUUGGAGACCAUCCGAAUUUCAUGUGCGGGAUUUCCCUCAAGAUGGACAUAUGUGGAGUUUGCUGAUAGAUAUCAUAUUUUGGUUCAGUCUGACGAAUGGAUAAAGGUCAUGAGUGGAGAGACGACACAAGAAUCAGUAUCAGAACUUUGUGGCAAAAUCUUGGACAAGAAUAUUGAUGAUCGUUCGAAAUACCAAUUGGGUAAUACGAAGAUUUUCUUCAAAGCCGGACUUUUGGCUCAGUUUGAAAAAUUGAGAUCUGAUAAACUCCAUAAAUCUGCUGUCAUGAUCCAGAAGAACUUGAGAAGGGUAUAUUUCCGCAAGCAAUAUUUGGAGACGCGAAACUCAAUCAUAGAUCUUCAAUCUUUGGUACGUGGACAUAUCAGAAGGUUGUCAAUUCAAAGAGAGAUCGAGUGCAAAGCGGCUACAAGAAUGCAAACAACAAUCAGAGGUUUUCUUGCCAGAAAGCAAUUCAAAGAUGCUCACAACUCUUGUCUCAUGUUGCAGAGAGCCAUUCGUGGGCUUCAAGCGAGAAGAAACUUUAGGGAAUUGCGACUCGAGAAGUCUGCUCUUGUUCUUCAAAGUUCUUACAGGGGUUUGAGUGCAAGACGGUCGUACGUCUCUCAGAGGUCUUCCGCUGUGGUCAUCCAGUCAUUUAUCAGAAGAAAGCUUGCACGUAAGGAAUUGCUCCAAUUGAGGGAAGACGCCAAAUCUGUUAAUCACUUACAAGAGGUCUCGUAUAAAUUGGAAAACAAGGUGAUAGAAUUGACUCAAUCACUCACGGGUAAAAUCCAAGACAACAAAAACCUUUUGAUGGAGAUCACAAACCUCAAAGACUUGUUGGCCCAAUCCAGUAACGCGGCGGAAACCUUGAAAGUGAGAGAGGCUGAGUUUAACUCCGUUCUUGGUAAUACGAGUGAGGAACACAAGAAAGAAAUCGAGAGUUUGAACAGGGAGCUUGAGACUAUCAGACAGGAAUAUAACUCUGCUGAAGUAAAGAUAGAGCAGUUGACAGAAGAACACGCUGAGUUGAAGCAAUCAGUACAGCGCAACAUCGAAGAACUUAACGAAGCCAAGGAGGCCCUUGUCAAACGCGACACGAUCGAAGUUGACUUGAAGUCGCAUAUUGAACAAUUGAAAUCAGAACUUGCCGCACUCCAAACACAACAGAAACUGAUGUCUGUUGCGAAAAUGAGAAGUGUGAGUAACAAGCGUCAUAGCAGCGCCGCUGGUUGGAAUGGGAACCCGUCUAUGGAGCAAAUGCAGAGACCUGUCUCUGUUAUUGCCGUGUCAACAGAUGAAAUUAGUGAUAUCGAUGAUAUCAAUGAUGAGCUUUUCAGAUUGUUGAGAGACUCCAGGCAGCUUCACAGGGAAAUUGUGGAAGGUUUGUUGAAGGGCUUGAAAAUCCCCGCCGCUGGCGUAGCAGCUGACUUGACCAGAAAGGAGGUCUUGUUCCCUGCUAGAAUUAUUAUCAUUAUUCUUUCUGAUAUGUGGAGGCUCGGAUUGACCAAGGAAAGCGAGGAAUUCCUUGGUGAAGUUUUAGCAGCUGUUCAGCUUAUUGUUUCUGCGUUGAAAGACGAAGAAGUCGUCCCAAAUGGAGCCUUUUGGUUGUCGAAUACCCAUGAGUUGUACUCUUUUGUGUCGUACGCACAGCAAAGCAUCAUCGCCAAUGAUGCUCUUUCGAACACCAUGAGUGAUCAAGAAUUCGAAGAAUACCUCAAGCUUGUUGAGGUUGUUAAGGAAGAUUUCGAGUCUUUGUCUUACAACAUCUACAAUAUGUGGAUGAAGAAAAUGGAGAAGGACUUGGAGAAGAAAGCCAUUUCUGCUGUUGUGAUGUCGCAAUCUCUCCCUGGGUUCAUGGCCCCAGACAGUUCUCCUUUCUUGACCAAGGUGUUCUCAACUGGUGUGCAAUAUAAGAUGGACGACAUCUUGUCUUUUUUCAACUCAGUCUACUGGUCAAUGAAAUCCUACUUUAUCGAGAGUGAAGUGGUGAAUGAAGUCAUUGUCGAAUUGCUCAGAUUCGUGGAUGCAUUGUGUUUCAACGAUUUGAUCAUGAAACGCGGCUUUUUGUCUUGGAAGCGUGGGUUACAAAUUAAUUAUAACGUCACCAGACUUGAGGAGUGGUGUAAAGGACAUGACAUACAAGAGGGAUCGGCAUACUUGACUCACAUGCUCCAAGCCGCCAAGUUAUUACAAUUGAGAAAGAACACAGAGGAUGACAUCGACAUCAUCUACGAAAUUUGCUACUCUUUGAAGCCCAUUCAAAUCCAGAAGUUGAUUUCGCAAUAUUAUGUUGCUGAGUAUGAAACACCCAUCGCUCCUGAUGUUUUGCAAGUGGUCGCAGACAAGGUGAAGAGCACUGAUGGGUCAAACGAUGAUUUGUUUGAAAUUAUCUCUGCUGAUGGUCACUUCAACGACCCUUUCAGAAGUGUUAAUCUUCGGCCGUUUUCACGUGUGGAAGCCUAUGUUCCUGCGUGGUUGAGCUUGCCGGUCAUCAGAAGAAUCGUUGAGUUGGUGGCCAAAAACGCUUCCGUUCAAGAAUCGGCGCAAGCAGAAGACGGUACCGCAGACAUCUAAGCCUGUCAAGGAUGGGUUAGUGAGCUUUGCACAUCGCAGAGAUUAGAUAAUUAUAGUCGCAGGGAAUUCGGCAA